AUGCAUAUAAAAACUUCUACAUUAAAAAUAUGUUUAUUUUUACUAUUAGUUAAUACUUUAAAUUUAUUCACAAAAUGUAGUUUGCGUAUUUUACCACUUAAUGAUGUUAUAGAUGGUAUAAUAAUACAUUUAAAUUAUAAAUUUAUAAAAUAUAAAGUGUAUGCCAAAGGUAUCCAUUUAAAUGUGAAUUUCGAAAACCUAGGUUCUGUUAGACAUAUAAUUGAAUCAUACAAGGAUUUAAAUACAUUAUAUUGUAAUUUAAAUAAAAAAAAAGAAGAGGAAUCUAUUGAUAAGAACACGUUAAGAACAAAUAAUUGUGUUAUUUUUGUAAAUAUAAAAUAUAAAGAAAACUUAAAACAUAUUUAUGAUUUUAUGGAAUAUUUAUAUAUAAAUACUAGUGCUGUUGCUCUUAUAUUUAUAUCUGAUAAUUUUCUGUAUGAAAAUGAAAUAUAUAAUCCACAUGAAGAUUUAAAUAUUACAAUUAUACAUCCAAGUAUUCUCACAUAUUUUAUAUCAUAUGAUCGAUUAUCAGAAUAUGAUACAAAUAAUUAUGAUAAAUAUAUAUUUGAAUUAUAUUGGGGAGUAAAUCACAAAACAGAUAUUGUUCAUAUAAAUUAUCAUUUAGAUUAUGGCAAGUAUUUUAAUUAUACUUUUUUUAUAUAUAUGAAGAACUUCCUUCUGGAUUUAAAAAAUCAUAUCACAUAUGAAAUACAAUUCAGUAUACAUAAAAAUUUUACUAUAGAACCACGUUUUUGUUUUAUUAGAGAUUCAUCGUAUUGUAUUAGUAAACCAGAUUAUAUGAAUUCAAAUGUCGUACGAGAAGUAGUAGAACAACAGGUAAGAAGUUUAUGUAUAUAUGAAUUAACUUUAAUAGAUGAUAUUAAAAGUGAUAUUGUUCAAACGGACCCGUCUGAUGUUUUGCAGAGUGACCCCCAAGGAAAAAAGAAAUUGUUCAGUGAAAAAUAUAUAUAUUAUAUAAAUGCAUUAUUUAAUUUCGGUUUUGAAAGAAAAUAUUGUUCUAGUGAUUUCAACGAUUUAACGAAAAAAUGCUCAGAUAAAAUUCUGAACAUCCUGAAUGUUUCGGUUAAAGAUGUGGACCAUUGUUUUCUCAAUAAUUUUCAUACGUAUAUGAAAAAUAUGAUUAAAAGUAAAUUCUACGUUUAUUCAAUAACGAUAAAUGAUAAAACAUAUAAAAUUAAAUUAAAUAAAGAUAUUAGUAUUAAGUUGAUAUGCUCUGCUUUUAAAAAUAUGCCGAAAAGGUGUAAAGAUUAUUUGUUUAAUGAAUUAAUUGAUGCUGAUUAUGUCAG